AUGUCUUUGUCAAAAAGGAGAAAAGUGGAUACAGAGUGUAGAUUAUUUCAAGAAAAGUGGGCCGUUUCCUAUUUAUUCGUGGAGGUGAAUAGGAAACCUGUGUGCUUGGUGUUUUCGCAGCAGAUUUCAGUGCUCAAGGAAUAUAACAUUUGGCGCCACUAUGAGACUCAUCAUGCCGACAAAUACAAUAACUUGCAAGAACAAAUGAGAAGACAGAAGGAGGCAUUGUGUUACAAGUCGUUCAAAAUGGAUCACGUCGUGGAAGCAGUUGUCCGAACUGCUAAUUUCAUCCGAACUAGAGGUCUGAAUCACCGACAAUUUGAUAAUCUUCUCAGCGAUAUAGGCGUUACCUAUGGUUUGCCAUAUCACACGAGGAAAUGGACCAAUCGAACGAUGUUGUACAAUGUUUCUUUACGUUUUAUGGUAUACAGACCAGAAAUAGCAAUGGAAAUUUCGAACAAAGAAAAGAAUAUCCUCUUAGACCCGUUGUAG